GGGGACAUUUCUGUAAUCAGUAGGGUUCUAUGCUCUUGGUUCACCUGUAUUGGAAGCUCAACCUCUUAAUUAUAUUAGGCUUCCUCUGUUUAUUAACAACUUCAUUCUUCUAGUGGAGAGAUGCAGUGGUAUGAGGUUACCUACUCCAGGUUUCUGCUAGUGUAUCCAACAGCACAAACUGACGGCGUGCACUCCAUCAAUAUUUAAUGGUUUUCUUUUUCUAGAUACAGAUUAUGGAGAAAGCGGAAGGAAGAAAUCAAACACCCAUUGUGGAAUUCAUCCUUUUAGGAUUUGGGAAUGUCCCUGAACUGCAGCCCCUUCUCUUCCUCGUGUUUCUAGUGAUCUUCAUUGUGACUGUGGCAGGGAACAUUCUCAUUGUUGCACUAGUUGUGGCUGAUUGCCACCUUCACACCCCCAUGUACUUCUUCCUGGGAAACUUGUCCUGCCUGGAGAUCUGCUACACCUCCACCUUGCUACCCAGGCUGCUGGCCAGUCUCCUGACUGGGGACAGAACCAUUUCUGUUAAGGGCUGCAUUUUGCAAACAUAUUUCUUUGGUAUUCUGUCAGCUACAGAAUCUCUGCUGCUUGCGGCAAUGUCUUAUGAUCGGUACUUAGCGAUAUGCAAUCCACUCCGUUAUGCUGCUCUGAUGAAUGGGAGGGUUUGUUGCCAGCUAGUGGCAGGAUCCUGGAUAUGUAGCUUUCUAGGCUGCACCACAAUAAAUAUUUUCUUGUUCGAAUCAAAGUUUUGUGAUUCAAAAGGAAUUGACCAUUUCUUUUGUGAUUUUUCACCCGUGAUAAAGCUGUCCUGUGGCGAUACCCAGGUUGUGCAAGUGCUGACAUUUAUUGUCUCUGCCAUAGGGACAUUUGUGCCCUGUCUACUGGUCCUGACAUCCUACAUUCGUAUCAUCACCACCAUCCUGAGAAUCCCUUCCACCACAGGGAGGCAAAAGGCCUUUUCCACCUGCUCCUCUCACCUCAUUGUGGUUAUAGUUUACUAUGGGACACUGAUUACUGUCUAUGUGGUUCCAACAGCUAAUACUCCCAAGGUCCUACACAAACUCUUCUCUGUCUUCUACACAGUCCUGACUCCCAUGAUCAACCCUAUCAUCUACAGCCUGAGAAACAAAGAGGUCACUGAGUCCCUGAGAAAAGCUAUUCUUAAACUAUUUGCUUUCAGAAAAGACAUAGAACCUUAAAGGACAAAUUUUAGCAUAUAGUAAAAUAGAGAUGAACUGAUAUAGUUUCUUAGGCAUGGCCCAUUGGAGUCCUUGAGAAUAGGAGAGUCCUUGAGAACCCCUCAUUGAACUUACUUCAUCCAUUUUCUUUCUUUCUUUCUUUCUUUCUUUCUUUCUUUCUUUCUUUCUUUCUUUCUUUCUUUCUUUCUUCUACUCUGAUACUUUUUCAGCAUUAAUCUUUCAUACAUUUAAUACACAUUUCUUUAUACAAAACUUGAUACUGUAAAAAGAAAAGGAGUACUUGUGGCACCUUAGAGACUAACCAAUUUAUUUGAGCAUAAGCUUUUGUGAGCUACAGCUCACUUCAUCGGAUGUGAUGAUAUCUUGAUACUGUAAGAGACAUUCUUUAAGAAAAAGGUUUUCUUUUCCAGACACACAUUUCAGUAAACCAUUCUGCUUCAUGCAUCCAUACAUUCAUCCGUACAUGAACACUAGUGCCCAAAUUCUGCAAGGAGCUUAACAUCUUUUGAGUGGCUCUGGGUCUCUUCCACUCCCACUGAAGCCAAUGACAUUCAUUCUCCGCUGAUUAGGAUCCUCUGUUGUCAGUUUUCAGAGUGGUAGCCGUGUUCGACUGUAUCAGCAAAAACAAAGAGGAGUCCUUGUGGCACCUUAGAG